UCUGCCGAAAAUUUAAACAACAGUUAAUAUCUUCGUAAGCGACCUCAUAACACGCAAGUUGUGAUUUUGACGUUUUGUUUUAGUUUUGUACUGGCAUGGCUGGUUGAAGCAAUUGUGUUAUAGCCGAUAGCGAGUCUUCGACAGUUGGAUCAUUAUUCGACAAAGUCUGUGAUUUUGAACAGCAUCCUGUUGUUUUCAAUUCAUAUGCAUGGCAGUCUGUUUUGAUUUUGACAUGAAAACAACGAUAACGUGGCAGCGGUCCUCAUGGUGUUUAUGAAGUACCUAUGUUCCCCGGGCUGUUUGAUCUUUCAUCCGUGCCCUGAAUGUAUCUCCAGAGUUCAGUGCGUUCCAUGCUGCGGCCUUUGUGGGCUGCCUCCUCACUACUCUUGGGCGCCGCCCUGCUGGCCGUCACCUGCACCAGCUCCUCGGGGGGCAGGAAGAUGGCCCAGACGGCGGUCGCCCCGGCGACGGUGGCGGCUGCCGGACCUGGCCAGUGGUGUGCGGAGGAGCUGCUGGGCUUCCGCUCCCUGGCCGAGCUGCUGUCGCGGGACGGAGCGGAUGUGUGGUUCUGCUCCCUGGUCGGGUCCUUCGCCGUGGGCCUCAGUGGGAUCUUACCUCUCCUCGUCAUCCCCAUCGAGGCUGGAGCAGCACUGAAAACUGAGGCUGGCUGUCAGAAGCUGAAGAGGCUGUUGAGCUUUGCCAUUGGUGGUCUCCUUGGUGACGUGUUCCUGCACCUCCUUCCUGAAGCCUGGGCCCACUCCUGUACUCCAGAAAGAGGUUAUGAGCAUCACUACCGUAGUCAGGGGUUGUGGGUGCUCCUGGGACUGAUGUCCUUCCUGCUGCUGGAGAAAAUGUUCCCUGAUGAGGACACCCCCAACGAAACACCAAGAGUCACUGCUUCGUCUCACAGUAACGGCUUCUGUCAUGACACCAAAGCAGCUUCCUCUCACCUGCAACCACCAAAGAAGAUUAAGAUCAGUGGUUAUCUGAACCUCUUGGCAAACUGCAUAGAUAACUUCACUCACGGCUUGGCUGUUGCUGGGAGCUUUCUAGUCAGCAGAAAGGUUGGGUUUCUCACCACCAUUGCCAUCCUGCUUCAUGAGAUUCCACACGAGGUGGGUGAUUUUGCCAUCCUCCUGAGGGCGGGCUUUGAUCGCUGGAGUGCCGCACGCAUGCAGCUCUCCACAGCACUGGGCGGAGUCCUGGGGGCCUGCUUCGCCCUCUCUGCCCAAUCACAGCGCGGCGCAGAGAGCGCCACUGCCUGGAUCCUGCCCUUCACCUCCGGGGGCUUCCUCUACAUCGCCCUGGUGAAUGUGGUACCUGACCUCAUGGAGGAGACUAAUCCCAGGCAGUCCCUGCUGCAGAUCCUGCUGUUGUGUUGUGGCAUUGCAGUCAUGGCCAUUCUCUCAGCUGUCGUCGACUGACCCCCACACCCCACCCCACCCCCCAUCAGCCUGGCCUUGAGCCCAGCGGAAGAGCGCCCUCCACUGGACACAGACUGAACGCCGAUGUCUUCUGAUGCUAUUAAAGCUUUAAAGACUCAGACUGAAACAGCAGCUGCAGC